GUUUAUAAUUGCUGCCUAAAAAUGACCUUUGAGUUCAAUUGUGAUCCCCCUAUUAGGGGAGGGGGGGGUUCCUGGGGUCGUAAAGCAACAUCACUUUGCUGGUGAUGUGUCCACUUAAAGACAUUGGUUUUUUUGUAGUGGGGGGACGCAGUAUCAUAUGUAGUUACUGCAUAGUGACAGAGUUUGUUGGUGACCGUGAAGGCGGAUUACCAUGGAGACCCGGCCAGCAACGGAGUCGAGUUUUUAGCUUGUGCAUGUGUGAAUCUGUGGGAAUAAACUUGGGCGAGGAUCUCUGGUUGAGAACGAGAUGAAUUCUUGGCGUCGGGAUAAUCGGUGCAACCAAGUGUGCUCGUAACCAGCGUCUUGCGGGUCGACAGUCCCGGGUUUUAUGUUCGUUCGUCUUGGGGUUUCCUUUCGUCGGUUCACAUGCUUCCAGCUUUCAGGUACAUAGCUGCUGUUGUCUCCCAAACAAAGCCCACAUUCCGGAGUUGAUGUCUUGAUCCGUACAAGUAGGACUGUCGUCGUGCCAAGUGCUGAUCGUCUCACUGAAGGGUUGAUUCGUUGGGAGAGUGCCGGUGUUCCUCGGUUGGUUGUGCCUGUUACAUCUGCAUACAUACACUCUCCAACCCAAGCUGUGACAUCUUCUGUUAAAAGUGGGGCACUACACUCAACAAACACAGCCGCACAGCAGCUGGUUUUGGCCAUAACAUCCCGCCUCCUGACCACUAGGCCACUGCAGAUGCCAGGGUACGCAAAAGAAGAUGAACACAACAACAACAACAACAACUGAAUACUACUCAAACCAGAACCAUCAACACCCAAUGAACCAACAACAACAACAAGACUCAAGACUAACAACGCCCAUCAACUAUCUCAACCAACAACACCAACCAUCAAUCGAACAUACCAAUCACUCCAAACAACCAACACCAACGAUCCAGCCCAAUAACCCAACUCCCAUCCUGCAACCCUCCUCAACCCCAUCCUCACGAAGUCUGAGCCAGCAGAAACGAUGGUACGACCGCUUCAGAUUCUCCACCGUCCAGUACGCCCUCCUCGCCCUCCUCGCCCUACAAUCGAUCGCAGUCAUCUCCAUCCUCUCCACUACGGUGGCCAAGAUCGAAAAGGAAAUCCAGUUCGCUAACCCCCAACUCAGGACUAUCUCCACCUAUCUCGCUAUCUUCAUCAUCGCCAAUAUCUUCCUCAUCCUCAUGACGAUUGACUUACUACUGAACAAGAACGUCGUCCAACUGAUUGCCCUCUGUUUCUUCAACACCUCCAUGGCCGUCUAUGGUGCAGUCUUGCCCACUCAAAUCCAACGAGCUCUCCAUAACCCUGGUGGUGCGGUGAGCUGGAACGGAGCCCGGGAAGGCACUUCAUGCAACAUGUAUCUCAGCUGCUAUGGCGUCCAAUACCUGUAUGGAGAGAUCGCGGUCAGGAUCAUUGCGAUCCCGGUGAUUGGAGGAAUUGUGUCGAUGUUGAUGGCUUAUCUGACAUGGCUGAUCUAUAAAGAAUUUGGCUGGGAGAUCUUCAAAUUAAUCGGCGCUGAUCUCGGGCUCAAACGGAUCCUGCAAAAGAAGUACCUCUUCCACAUGUUGCAGAAGUUCGCCCUGUUCUUCUUCAUCGGCCUGAGUCUGCAGUUUUUGAUGCUGGCCUCUAGCAUGACAUCCUCCGAACGCAUCCUCACUAUUUGCGCUUUACCAUUUAGUUUGGGGGUCGUUAUGCUAGGCGGAUUCGCAGUCAGUAAGGAGAUCAGAUGGAUGAUGGGGAUUUACUAUGUUUGUUGGACCGGAGCGACUGUUUAUUUCAUCUUCAAAUUGAUCAGACUGUAUGACAAUGAUUCGAUUUCGGCGGCCGUCCGAUCCCUGACGAUCUUCUCCGUCCUCACCAUCGCAUUGCUGUUUGCUACGGGUAUUGUGUCUAUACUAUGUUACCAGAAUUUCGGGAAGGGGCUUUUAGAGGCACCAGCAGUGCUCAACGGAUCAAUAUGGACGAAGUUCUGGAGCGAGAGGGGGGCACAUGGACAGGGCAAGGGGGCCAACGGGACCGCCAAGACGGGGAUCCAGAGCAAGACGAAGGCCGAUCGCCAGAGUCGAAUGACCUUGACCGGGCGCGGAGGGACCGAGGAAGACCUGGGUCCAGAUCAGAUCACCGUCAUUGACGACAAUCAUCCCCGUCGGCCCAGUCGCAAUGAAAUGAUCCAACUCAAAAAUCAGCAUUAUCGCAUGUCCAUGGAUUAGUCUCCCUCCUCCAAUCCUCCUCUCCCUCCUUCCCUCCCUCGCGCUUCCUCUCGUCUCUAUCUGUGUCCAUAUUCUAUAUAUCUCUAUAUAACCGUUAUAUAUGUUCAUAGGUCGAUAUCGCAUUCCCCCCCCCCACCUCACCGGACUUCUUGGUUUUUGGAUAAACUAUUUUUUCGUUUCUUUUUCCUCUUUUCCUUCUCGUCGUUUUGUUCCUCUCUCUCUCUCUCUUCAAAGGGUUUUGCUUCUUUUAUAGUCGGUUUUUUUUUUUUUUUUUUUUCAUU